AUGUCAUUCUUCGACAACCUCACCUCCAAGAUCCAAGAUGGCAUCCAAGAAGCAUUCGGCGACAACAACGAGAAUGAUAAUCGUCCGCAAGAACACUCCGACCAGCAACAAUCUUACGAUGCGAAUAGCUACACCGCACCAGCGAACCGCUUCCAUAGCUUUGCACCGACGAGGACAGGCAAUGAUGCGAAGUGGUAUGUAGAUGGUUGUGGGUAUAUGUGGGCUGUUUCAAUAGCGCUGGAGGAGGCGAGAGAGAGUAUUUGGAUUUUGGAUUGGUGGUUGAGUCCUGAGUUGUACCUGAGAAGACCACCGUCUGAGAAUGAGAAUUAUCGGCUUGAUCGGAUGUUGAUUGCCGCUGCUGAACGAGGCGUGAAGGUCAAUGUUAUCGUGUAUAAAGAGGUGUCUCAGAUUCUGACUUUGGCAUCGGUACACACCAAACAUGCUCUAGAGGUGCAUCCGAAUAUCAGAGUAUUUCGCCAUCCGGAUCACAUCCCUAAAGGUCAAGAGUUACACGAGGAUCUCAUCGAGGGACUGAAGAAUCUCUCGUUUUCGCCGUUUCAUCUUGCGCAGCUUCCGGGGAAGCAGAUUGAGUCUAUUUAUGGUGCGAGUGAGGAUAUUGUGCUGUAUUGGGCUCAUCACGAGAAACUAUGUCUUGUCGACAGCGAAAUCGCUUUCAUGGGUGGUCUUGAUCUGUGUUUCGGGCGCUGGGAUACUAACUCCCAUCCGAUCGCUGAUGUCCAUCCCACAGAUCUGAACAAAGCUCUAUUUCCUGGUCAAGAUUUCAAUAACGCACGAGUCUUUGACUUUGCUGACGUAGAACAUUGGGAUCAGAAUAAGCUCGACAGAACCAAGAACUCUCGAAUGGGAUGGUCCGAUAUCUCCCUUUGUUUGAGAGGACCUGUGGUCGACGAUCUUAAAGCCCAUUUCGUCCAGCGAUGGAAUUUCAUUUACAAGGAAAAAUACAAUAUCCCUGGAAAGGGAUAUGAGCCGUUGACCCUGGAGACUUCGAAGAUCCAGGGGGGCUAUUAUAAUUUUGAUGGCUUCAAUACGACGCCCAUGAAGGAGCAGCCUAAGGGUGGGGAAUUCGAUGCUCCGCCGGAUGGAUAUCAACAAGAGGGAGCUCCAAGAAGACGACAUCACUUUAGUGCGUUUAGGGAACAGAUGGGACUGAUCUCGCAUGAUGAUGACCCGCAAGGACCGAGCGCAAAUGGGGUGUCGGUACAGUUGCUUAGGAGUUGUACGAAGUGGAGUGCGGGUGUGCCUUUGGAGCACUCCAUCGCCAACGCUUAUAUCAAUGUGAUCAAAAACAGUGAGCACUUUGUGUACAUCGAAAACCAGUUCUUCAUCACCGCAACUGGUGAACAUCAAAGUCCAGUUAAGAACCAAAUUGGAGCGGCUCUCGUAGAGCGUGUCGUUCGAGCCUAUGAGUCCGGUCAACGAUACAAGGUCAUUGUUCUUAUGCCUUCUGUUCCUGCGUUUGCAGGUGAUUUACACGCCGACGACAGUCUUGGUACACGUGCGAUCAUGGAGUAUCAAUAUCAAAGCAUUUGCCGAGGAGGUCACAGUAUCAUUGAAGAGAUCCAGAAAGCAGGUGUUCCUGAUGCUGGACAAUAUAUCAGAUUCUACAAUCUGAGAAAUUACGAUCGUCUUAACACUGGAAGUUCCAUGUCUAGAGUCGAGGAUGCCAGUGGUGUCGAUUACGAGGAUGCGAGACGCGAGCAUGAUGAUUUAGUAGGUGCAGGCUACGAUGGUCGAGGUGAAGAAACCGGUGCACAAUAUGGCCAACCAAAUCGGCAAUACGAUCAAUACCAACAAGCCGCAUCCGGUGAAGACACUAGUCAAUUCGACAGCGUCAGUGCAUGUUACAUGGACGGCGGUCCCUCCAUCACAGAGAUCCCCUGGAGCGGAAGUCCAGACGCGGAAAUGAACGCAUUCGUAAGCGAAGAACUCUACAUCCACUCGAAAGUUCUCAUAGCCGACGACCGCAUCGUAAUCUGCGGCUCCGCAAACCUCAACGACCGCUCCCAGCUCGGCAACCACGACUCGGAAAUCGCCGUCCUAAUCGACGAUCCCACGCCCGUCUCCUCCCUCAUGAACGGACAGGAGUACACCGCAUCCGCGUACGCAAGUUCUCUACGUCGCCAGCUGUUCCGUAAACAUCUGGGCUUGUUACCACAUCAGAUCUGCGAUCAGCCGAAUGAGAAUUUCGAACCGGUAAAUAGGUAUCCUAAUAUUUACGAUUGGGACUCCCCUGGUGAUUUGUUGGUCAGAGAUGUAUUGAGUGAUGAAUUCGACCUCCUCUGGAACGAAACAGCCGCUGUCAACACCGCCGUCUUCAGUAAGGCGUUUCACUGCGUGCCAGCAGACAACGUGACGACCUGGGAGGAAUACGAGGAGUUCUUCGGCGCUUUAUUCGUUCCUAAGGGUGAAGGCGAGGAUGUGACGCCUAGUAGGUAUGAAUAUGGCCAUGUAGUUACGGAGGAGUUUCCUGGUGGUGUGGGGGAGUUGAAGGAGGAGCUGAAUAGGGUGAGGGGGACGCUUGUGGAGAUGCCGUUGAGGUUUAUGCAGGGGGUGGAUUUUGCGGUUGAGGGGUUGAGUUUUAAUAGUUUGACGAAUGAGGUUUAUACUUAG